AUGGAUCGGUCGUUUACUGUUCCCGUGGCGGCGGCGUCAAUGAAAAACAGUUCCGUCUCCAGAUCGCGCCAGUCGCUCGGUGGUUCGCUGUUCUCUGGUGGUGGCCGAUCAAACAACACCAGCACCUUUGCCCGACAGGGCUCUGGUCGCUACAGUAUGUCAUCCCGCUCCAAUGUGUCCAGCCUGCGCGUCGUGGCAAAGUCCGAGUACAACUUGCUCGAAUCGUAUGGCUUGCCGUUGCCAGUGCAAGUGACGGAAGUGCUUACUUUCAACGAAAAAACGGUCCAGCUGUCGGUUAACUACAACGCGAACGGUUGGGCUUGGCUGGUGCAGGGUCGCCGGUUGUUUGUGUGGCAGUAUCGGGACCAAAGUUCCGCCCAGAAACCGGUCGGAGGGGGUUUCGCUUGUAGCGACCAUUUCCCGACACCGCGACGCCAGUACGCCAGUCAGUGCCGACAGUUGACGCUACCGCACUGCGACAUCGGACAUAAGGCGACACUGGUUACGGUGUUCGUGAAUGACGGUCACCAAAUGGCGUCUUGCUUGGCGGUUUCACCGGCCGGUGAUGUGCGCUAUUGGCAAUCGAUUGCCCACGAUGGGUCAUCGAUCGACGAGUGCAACAUUCUGGAAGGCCAAGAGUUCGAGCAACUGAUCGGUCUCGGUGGGCAGGAGUUUGUGUUGGCCACGACCACCUGCAGCUUGGUGCGACUGAAUGUGCACCUUCAGAACGGCCGGUACACGAUCGUGCCACGCCUGGUGAAAUCACCGUCCGGCUUUUUGGGUGGCAUCGGAAAACGGUUUUCUUCGAUUUUCAUCGGAAUGCACAGCACCCAGGAUCGGGAAAACAAAUUGGUUAAAAUCAGUUGCGAGAAAAUUUCGAAUAGCGAGUGGCACGUGACGGUGCUGGCAGAUCGUUGGAUACAACGGUGGGCUUUGCAGCCGCACAAUGCGUUCGAGCGGUUUCUGGCCGAGGAUGCCGAUAUAAUGAAAAAGAUGCGCGAUUUCUACCACCAAAAGCUGUGGAAUGGCCGGGAUGUGUCGGAGAUCGAGCUGUGGGCGCUCGACAUGCAACCCACCGAUCGGGGUGUUGUCAUUCUGUCCGCCGCCGUCAACCAGCUACGGUCCCAGCACGUGCACUACGCGCUGAUGACGAUCAUCUUCGAAGCGGACGCUACAUUCACGCUCAAGGAGACGACCAUCAUGCGCUACCAGGGCUUCUACAGUGCCGAGCGCCUGGCGGAGCUGAUCGAUUUUAGGUUCAUUGCCAACCGAAGUAUUGCGUACGUGUACAAUGAGCGAUGCAUUUUUCCGGUGGCACUGACCGGUUCCGGUGGCAGCGAGAGCCCGCCGUCGGAGGAGGUGGAAAAGAUCGAGUUUCAUGCACGCGAAGAUACGAUUUUGAUUGGCAACUGUUUCCAAAACACGCCGCUCUUUUUCACACGGCUCAACGGUAUGCUGGUAGUGACACCAUCCGAUUUUGACCCGAGCGACAUGUUCAACACUUCCAUCGCUUCGGACGUGUUCACUCCGAACGUUUCGCUGGCGGCCGAUUCGACCGUUUUGUUGCAGCAAUCGAUGAUGUUUGCACCGGCUACCACAAACGCGGGCAAUCUGGUACUGUUUGAGCUGGAUCCGGACGAGCUGGCGGCCUCGGCCGACGAACAGCAAGAUCCGGUCCAUCAGCUUAAGGCUGCUUUCAUUUAUCACAUUAAGCGCAACACUGGGGCAGCGGAUGAGCUAAUCGGAUCGCUGCUAGAAUCGUUCGAUCAGCAAGACUUGAGCGUCGAUGGUAUGCUCGAUCGAGUCGUGCUGAAGAUAGCGAUCGAUCUGGCUGACGAUACACCUGCGGCCGAUCCACGCUGGGAGGUUACCAAUCGCUACGCGCUUGGAUCAUCUACCUCAAUGCAGAUCAUACAGCAGCUGCGCGAGAAAAAUGUUGCCUUCGUGCAGUUUAUUGAGUUUUUGCACAACCGCGGUCUUUGGGAGCGCCUGAGUGCGGUCAGCCGUUCGGACUCCAGUUCGGGUGGCGUUCGUCCCACUGCCCUCUGCUUGGCGGACGUUGGCGAAAAGAUUGUGGCCGCUAUCGGCCUCAAGUGUCUGCACAACAGUCACACUCGGCUGAUCGACGAAGCGAUAGCACUCACACUGCGGCAAACCGCUCGCACCGUCCCAUUUCCGAACCUGACGCCGCAGGAUGUGUUCUACGCCCAAACGAGCCGCCUGGAAGAACUGUUCCAGGUGCUCAGCGAGCUGGUCGAUGAAUAUGUUCGCCAGGAGCUAAGUUCCGUGCAAAUUCAGACGGCUCUGGUCGAAGUGAACACGAUCGUGCUAUCCGUCCUGCAGGAGGUGAUAAAGUACCGUGAAGGGAAAACGGAACAAUUUGUUACCCGUGAAGAAGUUCGUGACCGUUAUGAGUAUGUACCAUGGACGGCUGCCCCGGGAAAGAUGGGUUUACGCGACGUUUUGCUACGCAUGAUCGCCACUACUAUACGGCACGGCAUCAAAGGGACGGCGGAACCGGAGUUUCGGGUCAAACACUUCAAACAUCUGACGGAUCUGGUUGACUACGUGCUGGAUGGUCGCAAAAAUUACCUGGAGAGUGUGCGAGACGAAGAGAAGUAUGCCGUUCUGCGCCAGCAGUACGAAUCGCAGCGAAGCGAUCUCAUCUAUCCACUGGUGGAGGAAGAACAGUACGAAUUGGCCGCCAAGCUGGCGGAAAAGUACCUCGACUUUCAGACGUUGGUAGAAAUUUGCGACAAAACCAACAACCAAGAGCGGCUGGAAGAGUACAUCGAACGCUACAAGGAGCACGACUUUUCGCAGUUUGCCAUCAGUUGGCACAUGCGGGAGAACAAACAGGGGGACAUACUGCACCGCUUCAAGAAUAACCAAGCCGCCCUUGCCCGCUUCCUGGUCGACCACCCUUCGAUGGCAUGGAUUCAGCUAGUGUUCAAUGGCGAGCUCGCGCAAGCCGGGCAAGUGCUGUUCGAUUUGGGGCAACGUGAACGCGAAUUACUGACCCGAAAGCGCAUCAUGCUCUGCCUGGCCAAACUGUGUUUGCUGGCGGCCGAAGGUGAACGGUAUCAGGUACAGCUCGAUAAUAUCAACUCUGAGCUGGAGCUGAUUGAGGUUCAGGAAAACAUACCCUCCGAAGUGCUGGACAUUUACGGUUAUGACACCAAGCACGUGAAGGUUCUUACGCCAGAGGAAAUGGUUGACCUCUUCAUCGCCGACGAAUACAGUAAAGCGAGUGAAAAGGAAUUCCGGUACGCGCUUUCAUUGCUCAACUUUGUCGAGGAGCCGAUGGAGGUACGACAGAAAAUCUGGUGCGCAGCCAUUCAGCGUGACUCGUGGGAAGAAUACAAUCAAAGCGCACCCCUUGACACAAUGCAGACGAUGCUGUUUUUCAAACUGAUUGAUCUGUGCUACAUCAUGGACGGCGAGCUCGAAAACUUCCUUCCACCACUGGAAAGCUUCCUGAAUGCCCCCGAGCUGGGCGCUUUGACAAAGAGCAAAUCUUUCCAGUACCUCUUGAAACUCGGCUACGAGCAUAUCACCGAAUCUUAUCGGAAACAGUAGCGUUGGA